AUGCCGGCGAGACCAACUUCAGGAAAGGCGGGCGGAAAGAAGGACAGUGCUGGCGGGAAGAAAGGCAAAAAUAAAGCUGUGAAGCCCAGUGUUGCGGACCCUCAUCAGGAGCAAAUCGAUGGUUUAGUACGCGAGCGUGAAGAAAUUCGCUCGAAAUUGAAUCUCGUCUGCACAAAAAUCAUGGAAAAUGUCAAUCUGGAUGAUUAUAAAAACGAUAUCGACUUAAAUAAACAACAACCAUCGGAUAUUCCGAUUGACAUCAUUUAUUCUAUGAUCGAUCAAAUCUGUUAUUAUCGCGUGGCGUUUUUGAAUCUUUUUCAGGAAGCGGAUGAUAAUGAAAAGAUUUCUGUACAGAAGAAAAUCACUCAACUAUCGAUCGAUGAUCCCGAUCUGUUUCGGAAACAAUUGACCGCCUAUCAACGGUUAACAUUUGUUGCGCGAGAACGCGAUGUUUGGAAGGAAAAUGCUGGUUUAUUACACGAAAUGUAUAAAACGAUCGUUGAUCAAGUCGAAAUGGAAACAUUUAAAAAGCCCAGUGCCCAAGCCGAAGAAAUUCUCAAGAAUUCACGGUUAAAUCUGGAAGAUAUUUGUUUCAUCUUUUCUUUACCUCGUAUUCUAUCGAUUAAUGAUGCUCAGAAACUUCGUGCAAAAAAACCGUCAAGUGCUUCUCAAGAUCAAAAUGCAUUGCCGGAUCAGAUGCAACAUGCUGACAUGUCAGAUGAUCCCACAUUUAGAUCUCAGUUAUCGAGCCAACACGAUCGUCGAAAUCAUUCCGCAUCAGGCAUCAAACGAAGUGUAUCAUUUGCUGAUGAUUUUACUUUACAACAAGAUGAUAGUCAAACAGAUGCUCAAUCACAUACUAAAUUACCACCGAUCAAUACAUCGGAUGAACGAAUCGUCGAGGAAAAUCUUGUGCCAACUUCAGCAGUAAAUUCGUCGACAGUGGUCGCACCACAUCAUCAGUAUCCGAUCGACGAAAGAUUUAUUGAUAGUGACUAUCAUUCGUCAUCGUCAUCAUCAUUUCAUCAUCACCAAUCACAAUCGAAAUACCACUUGCCGUCGAAAUUCCAUCUUCCAUCGGGAAAAGAUGUUUUAGUGAAAAAGAUGGAUCCAAACUUACGUAUGUUAAUCAUCAAAGAACUUAGUAAAAGUGGCCAUACAGAAAGGCCACUUUCACGAAUGAGUUCAACUCGUGGUCUGAGCAACUCCAAUAGCUUUACUCCUCGUCAUCACCACCAACAACAGAUGAAAGUAAUAUCAUCCCCUGAAUGGGUUGAAUUAGCACGAUUAGUUGGUAUUGAUGAGCCUGAAAUUGAACAUUGGCUAUCUCAAAAUCUUCAGUAUCCGGCAGGUCGUGUUAUAUCCUCUUGGUGUAAUUGUGAAUCCAAUCAACCGACGGUUGCUGAUUUACACUCACUAGUGACAUCCAAUGAACUCAAUCGACAUGAUCUCGGACGCUAUAUCGAAACAAUGUAUAUUAUUGAGUAA